AUGGUCAUCAGAUGCUGCUACAUCUUGCUAUUUGCACAGCUGAAAAGCACCUACACUGCUAGUAUAGGGGAAAAAACAUCUAUUGAGGGUGUUUUUGGAAGUUCUGCUGUCUUUGAAAUUCCAUCAAGUGAAAAUGAGCACCAAUGUGUGAUUUGGAGAUUUAAUAACAGCCUAAAUGUGUGUGACCUGAUUGAGGGAAAAUGUUCAGUUGAACAUCAACACCCACAGUUCAAGAAAAGAACUGAAACUCAGUUUGUGAAUGGAAACUCCUUGCUCAAACUCAACAAUCUUACAUACAGUGAUUCAGGGGACUACUACUGGUACAUUCCAGAUUCAGGAAAAUGUAGAAUCGUGCAGCUGAGUGUCAUUGCAAAUACAACAACUGCAGCAGCAACAUCCCGAGCAGCCCCCACAACAUUAGCUGCUCCCUCAGCACCAGAAGAUGGAAACCAUACAGGAUUCCCAACGUGGCUGAUUAUUAUUAUUGUGAUUAGUUUUCUGGUGUUAUGUGGUAUUUUUAUUUGGGUGAAAAAGAAGAAACCCUUUUGUUUAGGUUUGUCUGCUCCUGGAGGGUACCUUAGAGCUUUGUUGAGACGAUCAUCAAACACACCAGAAGCAGUUAUUGAAGAUCUGACGGAUAUUUCUGGAGUUCAGAUUGAACCACACAGUACUUAGAUUUUAAAUGUAUGCAUGAAAUUGUAAUCUCUAGAAUGGGUGUAAAACCUGAUACAAAGUCAUCCAAAUGUUGUUUACAUACGAAAGCUAUUAUUAUUAUUAACAAUAAUUAUGUAAGUGUUUACUGUAAACAGGCACCUCUAACUAUGUACAGUAUCCUUCCUCUUCCCGAAAUCCUCCAACAAAUUUGCAUUACUAAAAUUUCUAUUAAGACUGUCAGUGUAAACAGCUAUAGUGAUUAUGCCAUUAUAUGCUGAAGAUCAUAUGUAAUCAUUUGAUGUGAAUAGUUUCCAGUAUAACCCCCCCGAUCACAAACUAUACAUUCUCAAUGAUAUGCAGAUAGAAUCCUCCAUCUAGUUUAAAAAAGUAAAAAAACAUGCGUGACUGUUUAAUGUAUUAUAUUCUACAAAAGCAAUAAGCCCCAUGAAGCAGUGUGUUUGACAGUUAUUUUUUAACUCUUUUGGUGAAAAACUUUCAUUAUAUUGAAGUGUUCAGAUCAAUGCAACUCAAGCGUGAUUCACCUUCAGCCCUGUAAGUUUAUUACAGUACAUUAUUACAUACAGUUGUAAAUGUUACUAUUGUACUACAAUUUUUUUUUUUUUAUUAUCUUCUUGCAUUACUAAAGUAUAUGCAUUUGGCAAAUGCUUUGAUCCAAAUUACAUUAACAGUAUAGAUUUCUUUAUGACCAUGUGUAUUAGGACUGUGCGGUAUUUGUAUGAUAUACAUGUAAUGUAGCAUCAAGCUGCAGAAACUUGAGAUAAAAAUCUGACAAUAAACUUGGA